GUUAGGCUAAAGGCAUUAGAGAAAUCACUGAGCACCAGAGCACAAUUCACCGGCUCGACUCAGCAUGUGGCAGACAAAUAACCGGCACUGAGCACGACAGACCAAACGGAGGUCGGCAAUUUUUGGAGUCGCUAAAUACCUCAUACCUGAACAAUUAAACGGGAGGCUGUACAAAUUUAUGAGUCCUGGUUCUACAGAUCGUAGAGUGGUCACCCUCCACCUCCAUCUCUGAGAGGCAAAAAGGAUCCAAGCAGAAGUCAAGCUAUCAUGGCCCCAAAAAUCUGUGCGUCACUCUGGUGAGUGUGGGCCGUCAGAGGGCAGAAGACAUGUUGGGACAGAGGGCUGGGCAUCGCACUGAAGCUUGCUGUAGUAACCAUGGAAACGGUGUGGAGGAGUUUAGCCUGCGUUGGCAUCAUGGCCAUGGUUGCCAGCGGAGUAGCAAAGAGUUUGACUCGUGAGGAGUUUGCUCAGUCUCAAGCUGAGUUUCUGUCCAGUUUGGGCCAGUAUGAGAUCGCCAUCCCAUUGCGUGUGGGGCCGCGCGGGGAACCCCUUCCGGAAGUGGAGACCUCACGCGGACACGGCCGACACCGGCGUAGCACAGAAGAUCCACAGCUGUAUUAUCAGCUGUCAACGCCGAGCGCCGACCUCCUCCUCAACCUCACGCAACGGGGAGGACUACUCUCGCGACAGUUUCGCGUGGAGUACUGGAAAAGGGGGCACAUGGCCUGGAGCCACCCGUACUUGCCCAAUUGCCACUAUGUGGGUCACCUGCAGCACCAACCUCACUCGAGUUCUGUGGCUCUUAGCAACUGUAAUGGCCUGCAAGGGGUCAUUGUAGCCGGAGGUGAGGAGUACCUUAUCGAACCCCUCGUAUCUGAUGCAAACUCCACCAAUGAGGGUGGCAGAGAAGGGCGCCCCCAUGUGGUGUACAAACGGUCAUCUCUGAGAUACCAGAACAUGGACCAGUCCUGUGGAGUCAUUGAUGAAAAGCCCAGUAAGAAUUAUGGAUGGUGGCAAAGAACAAUAAAGCCAUCACCCAAUCAGAUGGGCCGGGGUCAGUUACCACUGAAGCGAUCUGUCAGCCGAGAGCGCUACGUUGAAACCCUGGUGGUCGCAGACAAGAUGAUGGUUAGCUAUCAUGGCCGUCGUGAUAUUGAGCAGUACAUUCUGGCCGUAAUGAAUAUUGUUGCCAAACUGUUCCAGGAUUCUAGCCUGGGGAACGCAGUGAACAUCGUUGUGACCAGGCUUAUUUUACUGAUGGAGGACCAGCCCACGCUAGAGGUAAACCAUCAUGCAGGAAAGUCUUUAGACAGCUUCUGCAAGUGGCAGAAAUCUAUCCUGCACCGGAACGGCCAUGGCAAUGCCAUUCCUGACAACGGUGUUGCUCACCAUGAUACAGCCGUCCUCAUUACUAGGUAUGACAUCUGCAUCUAUAAGAACAAACCCUGUGGAACACUUGGUCUGGCACCUGUUGGGGGUAUGUGUGAACCGGAAAGAAGUUGCAGCAUCAAUGAAGACAUUGGUCUGGCCACUGCUUUCACUAUUGCACAUGAAAUAGGACACACAUUCGGAAUGAAUCACGAUGGCGUUGGCAAUGCAUGUGGGGUGCGCAGUCAGGAGACCGCUAAACUCAUGGCUGCCCACAUCACCAUGAAAACCAACCCCUUCGUCUGGUCUGCCUGCAGCCGCGAUUACAUCACCAACUUCCUCGACUCUGGCAUGGGUUCCUGCCUGAACAAUGUGCCACCCAAGCAGGAAUUUGUGUACCCUACCACAGCCCCUGGCCAAGCCUAUGACGCUGACGAGCAGUGCCGCUUCCAGUACGGAGUGAAGUCUCGUCAGUGUAAAUACGGGGAAGUGUGUAGUGAGCUGUGGUGCAUGAGUAAAGGGAACCGCUGCAUCACCAGUAGUAUUCCAGCAGCCGAGGGCACCAUCUGUCAGACCAACACCAUAGAGAAAGGGUGGUGUUACAAAAGAGUUUGUGUGCCCUAUGGAACUCGUCCUGAGGGCGUGGAUGGUGGAUGGGGUCACUGGUCCCCAUGGGAGGAGUGUAGUCGUACCUGUGGAGGUGGAGUCUCAUCCUCUGUUCGCCAAUGUGACAGCCCUAGGCCAACGGUCGGAGGGAAAUAUUGUCUGGGAGAGAGGAAGCGGUUCAAGUCCUGCAACAUUGAUGAGUGCCCGCCUGGAUCCCAGGACUUUCGGGAGAUUCAGUGCUCAGACUUUGACAGUGUUCCUUUUCGGGGAAAAUUCUACACCUGGAAACCGUAUAGAGGGGGUGGGGUGAAGUCAUGCUCGCUGAACUGCCUGGCAGAAGGCUAUAACUUCUACACUGAACGCGCUCCAGCUGUGGUGGAUGGCACGCCAUGCAGAGGCGACUCUUUGGACGUGUGCGUUAAUGGAGAGUGUAAGCAUGUGGGCUGUGACCGGAUCCUAGGCUCAGAUGUUCGGGAAGACCGCUGCCGUGUUUGUGGAGGAGACGGGAGCAGCUGUGAGGUCAUCGAGGGGGUGUUCAAUGACUCCUUGUCCGAAGGAGGUUAUGAAGAGGUGGUCAGGAUUCCCAAAGGAUCUGUGUUUAUACACAUCCAGGAGCUCAACAUUUCUCUCAAUUAUUUGGUGUUGAAGAGCAAAUGGGAUCAGUAUUUUAUUAACGGCAAGUUGACCAUCGAUACACCACGACUCUUUGAUAUCGCAGGAACCACCUUCCACUACCGCCGACCCACCAAUGAACCAGAGACUUUGGAAGCACUUGGCCCCACAAACAUGACCUUGAUUGUUAUGGUGUUGGUCCGUGAAGAAAAUCCCGGCAUCCAUUACCGUUUUAACCCACCGGUCAAUAGAGAUCCACUGAGCGGUUACACCUGGCAUUAUACAUCCUGGUCUCGCUGCUCUGCGCUGUGUGCAGGAGGGGUUCAAGUCCAGCAGGUGGUGUGCAAGAAACAAGCUGAUCUCUCUGUUGUUUACAACCACUUCUGUGACAAGAAAAAUAAGCCCAAAGACAAGAAAAGGAUGUGCAACUUGGAACCCUGCCCUCCAGCGUGGAAGACGGGGGAGUGGUCAGAAUGCAGCAGAAGCUGUAAUGGAGGAGUGCGGACGCGGCAGGUCCUGUGUGAGAGGAAAAUCUCGGCCAUAGAAGCAAAAGUCCUGGAUGACUCUGCUUGCGCCGCCCCACGUCCUUCCAUCACAGAACCGUGCCACAACCACUCCUGCCCGCCAGAGUGGCAUGCGCUGAAUUGGUCUGAGUGUACCCCUAACUGUGGUCCAGGUUACCGUUAUAGGGUGAUUUUGUGUAAGAGUGGAGAUAACGGAGAAACAUUGCCUGAGUCAGAGUGCCCAAAACAAAGCCGCCCUACCACAAGGGUGCGCUGUAACAUACAACGCUGCCCCCCACCUCAGUGGGUUAUGGGAGCCUGGGGAGAGUGCUCGGCUAAGUGCGGGAUGGGUCAGGAAAUGCGAUCAGUGCAGUGUUUGACGCACACCGGGCAGCCGUCCAAUGAAUGCCCGGAGUCGCACCGGCCAGCAUACAUGCAGCAGUGCAAGAGCAAGUGUGAAUACAACGGACCUACGGAUAACCCUGAAGAGUGUAAAGAUGUGAACACAGUGGCAUACUGCCCCCUGGUGCUCAGGUUCAAGUUUUGCAGCCGCCCGUAUUUCAGACAGAUGUGCUGCAAAACCUGCCAGGGACACUGACCGAACUCUCUCUUGUCUCUGCCUUUUUUUCUCUUGUGCUCAUUUUGCCCCCUCGCCAUCCCUCCUUUCUCAUUGCAUGGCCAAACCGCCCAUGCUCAGCAUUUUACUGGAGGAGUGUUCUUAACCACUGGCAGACUGACAUCAUUGUAGGAGAGUGGGGAAGAAAUGAGAGAGAGA